AUGGCGAGUCUGACCCUCUACGGAUAUUAUCGGUCGUCUUGCUCAGCUAGACUUCGUAUCGCCCUCGACUUGAAGGCCAUCGAGUACAAGCCUGUCUAUGUGAACCUCAACAAUGGGGAACAUUUCAGAGAAGAAUACAACGCAAAGAAUCCCUCGCGCUCUGUGCCAACCCUGAUGGUCGAUGACGCAUGGUGCAUACCACAAUCCAUGGCAGCUCUAGAAUACCUCGAAGAAGCCUAUCCAGAAUCGACUUCCCUUCUUCCCGCAGAUGCAAAGUCAAGGGCAGAUGUUCGCACCUUGUCAGAAAUCAUCGUUACCGACACUCAACCACCGACCAACGACACGCUCAUGAAACGCGCCGAAUCGGCUGGGGCCGAUCACCUGGCGUGGGCACAGUUCUUCACCGAGAGAGGUCUCAAAGCCUUUGAGGGCGUUGUCAGCAAAACAGCUGGAAAAUAUUGCUGCGGUGACAUGAUCACUCUUGCUGACGUUUGUUUGGUUCCUGCUCUGUGGAAUGCGGAGAAGUUCAAAGUGGCAAUUGAAGCUUUCCCGACCGUCUGUAGGAUUUAUGGCGCGCUGAAGGAGCAUCCUUCGUUCAAGAAAUCGCAUUGGCAGAACCAGCCAGACUGUCCGGAAGAGCUGAGAUGA